AUGUGGAUAGUAUGUGCUUCAGAAGAGUUGCGAACGGAUAUAUCUCGAAUCAUAACUGAAACAGAGAAGAACUCUGAUGAUUUCAAAGUUUUCAACAUAUUUUCCAUUCUUCCGACACAGGGAAAUGUCGUUUUGGGUAUCGAUGACUUAACUGAUUUGAACCUUCGUUUAGCUAUUCGUCAUUUCAUAGUCAAUGCUCACCGAAAUGCUCGUUUGGCUGUCGUUAAGCGUGAAUGGACAGAUCAGCAGUCUGAGCGAUUAGAUGAGAUUGUCAGGGCAGAAUAUCAAAGGGCCGACCAGCUUACUCAAUCCGCGUUCGAAAAGCUCAAUAAUGUGCCUGCUGGGCAAUGGAGAGAUGCAAGAUCAGUGUUAUUGAAUCAAUGGAAAACAUUCCCCAUCUUUAACUAUUCAACUUUUGUUUUCACUACGGAACUGAGGAAGCAGCUCGAUGAAUAUUUCGCGAACUCCCACUUUUUUCAAAUCCAAGAAGAAGAUAAUUACCAAAUAUCUACGAAACCUCCAGUUCUCCAUUGGACUCCAACUCCAUUGGAUGGAGAUUUGCAACUCAUAUUCCGACUAACAUUCCCUAUUGCGGGACCGAACGAUUUUAUAUUCCGAGCACUUUGCAGAAAAUUGCGGGAACGAUCUGAACAUCCGUACGAAUGGACUCAUGGCAUUUUCCUGAACAACGAUCCUGUUCGCAUUCAUGUGGAAAGGAUGUCCGAGUGUGUAAUCGAAAUCGCGAGUCGCAUUUGUGUUGAUGAGCUGGAGGACAAUCAAUCUGAGAAGCCUAUGCUGCUAGUUUGGCCAUACCAAGCUGCAGUGCUGCGAGAUGUUUUGCAGAUCAUUGAGGAACAUCAAUAUUUAGCCUAUAAUCUGGAAAUAGUGCCUUUCAAUGUCUUCUUCGAGCCACUCUUGGAGUCUCGAGUAUUCGAUUUGACCUUGUUCAUGGCCACUGCCUUGAAACAUAAGAAAGUAGGCUGCCGAGUGAAUGACGUUACACAUGAAAUUAAAAUGGAUCUGCUUUUCCCAAAGGGUCCUUUCCAAUCAUUCGAAGACCUCUUGUCCUUAGAGUCAGCGGUAGAACAUGUCUCCCAACCUGAACCUAUCCCUGACAAGAUUAUUUAUGAAGCUCCUCCAAUAGAGCCAUCGAUGGGACUUCAAGUUCAUCAUAAUCGCGGAAGAAGGGUUUCGUUCGGUACCAUAAAGAUGAUGAGCGAGGCUGCUAUUCCAGUAGAAACCGAGGUUGAUCAAUACGUGGACAAUUUACUUAAGAAAUCUAUUGAUAUGAAAUCAUUAUAUGUUGAUUGA